AUGCCCACGUGCUGGCCCUAUUAUUGCGUGCGCACCUCCACCGUGACAUCUCUCCUGAUAACGAGUACUAACUCCACCCCCAGUUCUCCCAUGGGUCAGCUCUUGGGUCCGCAGAAUCAGAUCCCAAGAGGCCUGGAAGCCAACCUGGAGGCGAGACCCGGAGAAAGCUGGAACCAUGCUGACCUUGUGUCCUACGAAGCAAAUGCAGCUCCUGGGAAGCCUGCCGUUAGUGCAGAUGAGGGAGAUGGGGGUCCCCAAAUCUGCCGUGUAUGCGGGGAUAAGGCGACUGGUUACCACUUCAAUGUCAUGACAUGUGAAGGAUGCAAGGGCUUUUUCAGGAGAGCCAUGAAACGCAACACCCGGCUGAGGUGCCCCUUCCGGAAGGGCACCUGCGAAAUCACCCGCAAGACCCGGCGCCAAUGCCAGGCCUGCCGCCUCCGCAAGUGCCUGGAGAGUGGCAUGAAGAAGGAGAUGAUCAUGUCGGACGCGGCUGUGGAGCAGAGGCGGGCUUUGAUCAGGACGAAGAAGAGAGAACGGAUGGGCACUCAGCCCCUGGGAACCAAGGGGCUGACUGAGGAGAAGCAGACGAUGAUCAGAGAGCUGAUGGAUGCUCAGAUGAAAACCUUCGACACCACCUUCUCCAAUUUCAAGAAUUUCCGGCUGCCAGAAGUGCCCAGCAGUGGUCGCGAGGUUCCGGAAUCUCUGCAGACUCCAGUGGGGCAAGAAGCUGCCAAGUGGAGCCAGAUCAGGGCAGACCUGUGCUCGCUGAAGGUCUCUCUGCGGCUGUGCCGGGAGGACGGCAGCGUCUGGAACUACAGACCCCACGCUGACAGCAGCGGGAGAGAGAUCUUUUCCCUGCUGCCCCACAUGGCUGACAUGUCAACCUACAUGUUCAAAGGCAUCAUCAACUUUGCCAAAGUCAUCUCCCACUUCAGGGACUUGCCGAUCGAGGACCAGAUCUCCUUGCUAAAGGGGGCCACCUUUGAGCUGUGCCAGCUGAGAUUCAACACGGUGUUCAAUGCCGAGACGGGAACCUGGGAGUGUGGCCGGCUGUCCUACUGCUUGGAAGACCCUGCAGGUGGCUUCCAGCAGCUUCUGCUGGAGCCUGUGCUGAAAUUCCACCACAGGCUGAAGAAGCUGCAGCUGCAUAAGGAGGAGUAUGUGCUGAUGCAGGCCAUCUCUCUUUUCUCCCCAGACCGCCCGGGUGUGGUGCAGCGCAGCGUGGUGGACCAGCUGCAGGAGAGAUUUGCCAUCGCCCUGAAGGCCUACAUCGAGUGCAGUCGGCCCCAGCCUGCCCACCGGUUCCUGUUCCUGAAGAUCAUGGCCAUGCUCACCGAGCUCCGCAGCAUCAAUGCCCGGCACACCCAGAGGCUGCUGCGCAUCCAGGACAUACACCCCUUCGAGCCCCUCAUGCGGGAGUUGUUCGGCAUCACAGAUGGCUGA